CGGAAGUCAGCACGUGUGGAAGACGUGAGUCGCGAGUUCGCAUGUUUGGAGGCCCCGAGUCUGUUUCAGGAUCAGAUUUUCACCGCCUUCUCCUUCGCCAUGGCCGUGAGAGCUUCGUUUGAGAAGAACAACGAGAUCGGCUGCUUCGCCAAACUGACCAACACCUACUGCCUGGUGGCGAUCGGCGGCUCGGAGAACUUCUACAGUGUGUUUGAAGGGGAGCUGUCGGAAACCAUCCCGGUGGUUCACGCCUCCAUCGCCGGCUGUCGCAUCAUCGGGAGGAUGUGUGUCGGGAACCGCCACGGCCUCCUGGUCCCCAACAACACGACGGACCAGGAGCUGCAGCACAUCAGGAACAGCCUCCCGGAGACGGUGAGGAUGCAGCGGGUGGAGGAGAGGCUGUCGGCCCUCGGCAACGUCAUCGCCUGCAACGACUACGUGGCGCUGGUCCACCCCGACCUGGACAGGGAAACAGAGGAGAUCCUGGCAGACACUCUGAAGGUGGAGGUUUUCCGGCAGACGGUGGCUGAGCAGGUCCUGGUGGGCUCGUACUGCGCCUUCAGCAACCAGGGAGGUCUGGUCCAUCCCAAGACAUCGAUAGAAGACCAGGACGAGCUGUCGUCGCUGCUGCAGGUUCCUCUAGUGGCCGGCACCGUGAACCGGGGCAGCGAGGUGAUCGCAGCGGGGAUGGUGGUCAACGACUGGUGCGCGUUCUGCGGUUUGGACACGACCAGCACCGAGCUGUCCGUCAUCGAGAGCGUGUUCAGACUCAGCGACUCGGCGCAGCCGUCGGCCAUCGCCACCAGCAUGAGGGACUCGCUCAUCGACAGCAUGGCGUAAGGACCUCCAGAGUUUCCUCCCACCGACCUUCUUGUGCCACAUGAACCCGACAAGCUGCUGGACCUCCUCACCGCUCCGUUUUCUUUUUGUUCCUUUAUAAAACACCCGUUGUUUUUUUUGUUGUUUUGUUUUCAGAGCAGAGUAACAAAACCCCUGAAGCAGGUCCAGAUAACUCCACAGCAGGAGUCACUGAGCUCUGAAUGUGUUUCUGGUGUCGCUGCUGCUGCUGCUUUAGUGUCUUUAAGGCUGUAAAAUCUAAACUGUUGAAGCGUCCACACUGUGUGAGUGAAACCCAGCGAGAGGCGGCGUGAGCUGUGAGUCCAGCGUGUUAAUGAAGUUAACGAAGGCGUGAAGCUGACGUCACGCGACACCAGAGGAGACGAACAAACGAGGUUUCAGUUCGUCACGUUUCUGCAGAAGAAACGAGACGAACGGGAUGAGAACCUGUACUUCUGCUUCUGUCUUGUAAAAUAAAACCAAUCCGCCUCUUUUUA